AUGCCACGUGUUUUGGCGAUUGUGGCUGUGCACGUGGUCGGGCGAUUGUGUCUGUGCACAGUGGCUUGGCCACUGUCGGUGUGCGGACGAAAGCGACUGCGGUGGCAGACCUUGGCCCAACUCUGGCCCUACUCUGGCCCUUGGACUGAUUGGGAAGGGGGCUACUUUCCUCUUACCAUCCAAUUCAGUGAAGACUACCCUAGGAGGCCCCCAAAGUGCAAGUUUCCACGAGGUUUCUUCCACCCAAAUGUCUACCCCUCUGGAAGUGCGUGUUUGUCAAUCCUCAAUGAGGAGAGUGGGUGGGAACCAAGCAUUACUGUAAAAAAAAUUCUAGAGGUCAUUCAGGAUUUUCUGGACCAACCCAACCCUGCUGAUCCAGCACAGCCCGAUGGCGGCCAGCUCUUCAUCCAGGAACGAACUGAGUACAGAAGAAGGGUGCGGCAGCAGGCCAAGCAGUUUCCCCUUCCAGUCUAGCUUUAUGCUUGCUUUUGCUGCAUAUGGUUAAAUUAUUUAGCUGGUUCCAGAUUUACAUGCUUAAAUCUCUUUCUAUGAUUGGACAACCUCAUUAGAGGGACUCUCGCUGUCUUUUAAAUAUAUAGCUAUAGGUUAGUUCCUUAAAUGCAUAUCUUAUAGUGGAGUUGCUGUUAUUGCAUUCCAUUUUGGCUGAAAUGGAUAAAAAACUUCAAUAGUCAGUUUUGUCACUGGAAAGUAAAUUGAAACACUUUGAUUUCCCUGUUUUAUUUUACUCAACAUUCUGGUCUAUUGCACUCUAUUCUAUCCAUUUCUGCCUGUGUUUGCUCA